AUGUCUGGACUCGGAAAAGGUACGUAGAAUGUUAAAUUGUUGAUAGUAUUGGUAAGUUUAAAAGACGAUUUUUGGCUCGCUGCGUCAGCCCGUAAUGGACCCGGGACAUAGGAAAAGAUCGAUUUUGAGUUUCUUCCAUAAAAAUGACCGUCGACAUGUGCUAAGGAAAAACGAACAACAGUUUUUCUCAAUUCUGCCCGGAAGGCAUAAAUUUGCUUAAAUUUGUCUUUUUUGGAAUUUUCGACCUGGUGACGUCAUAGAAAGAGCAAAUCACCCAAAAUUUUGCUUGUAUACGUUUUCGACCAUUGGGAAUUCAUUUUUUUGAAAAUUAAGUCUCUCAGAUUACUGUAACAUAGGCAUAUUGUAAUCCGGUCGAUAAAAAUCGACCGUAACUCCUUCGUAUCAAAAAUCCCACAGGAUUUUAUUUCAGAUUCGGAAUCAGCAUAAAAUUUUGCAUAUUAUACACAUAAUGUGAGGUCAUAACUCCAGGGGGGGAGAUCGCGUAGUAUAUUGGAUUUUGGCAAAAAUUACGUUUGAAAGGUCGCGGGUUCGAUCCCCGCUUGGUGUAAAUAUUGAAAACACGGCGGAAAUCGCGUUUAAUGGACACCUAAGGGUCAUGUGAGAUACACUAAGCUGUUUUAAACAUUAAUGCAUAUCUAAUUGCGAUUAAAACUGAUUUUAUAUAAUUUUUGGAGACUGAAUAUGCAAAAAAUGAAAUUGCUUCAAACCGCUUGAAAUUGGCAACACUUAUUCUAGGGUCAAUUGUAAGAAACUUUUGUGUUAACUUUUUUUGGCAGAUCACCGUACCAUGGAUUACUGUAACAUUAAACCUGAUUUGGUUUUUCGUGUACCACAUGGUGCAUAGAAGUCGGAUUGUCGUCAUUGUGCUCAGAAUGGUUAAGAAAGAGUUUUCUUGUGUACAAAAAAAAUUUUAUGGCUGUACCGUUUGGAACGGCCGAGUUAUUUGACGCACUUUCACCAAUUUAUUAUGACAUCAAGACGCGUUGCAAUUAAGGGCGAAUUUUCUUUCAUACAUAGAAAGUGGAUCUUUUCGCUGUCUAAAGCCACUAAUUAAAACGAUUUAAUAUUUUAUGCAAGAAUUUUUAAGAAAAUUGCUGUUAAUCAGGACACGUUUAACGCUACAGUAAUCCAUGGUACGGUAAUCUACCAAAAAAAGUUAACGGAAAAGUUUCUUACAAUUGACCCUAGAAUAAGUGUUGUCAAUUUCAUGCGGUUUGAAGCAGUUUCAUUUUUUGCAUAUUCAGUCUCCAAAAAUUAUAUAAAAUCAGUUUUAAUGGCAAUUAGAUAUGCAUUAACGUUUAAAAUUGCUUUGUGUAUCUCACAUAACCCUUAGGUGUCGAUUAAACGCGAUUUCCGCCGUGUUUUUAAUAUUUGCAUCAAACGGGGAUCGAACCCGCGACCUUUCAAACGUAAUUUUUGCCAAAAUCCAAUAUACUACGCGAUCUCCCCCCUGGAGUUAUGCCCUCACAUUAUGUGUAUAAUAUGCAGAAUUUUAUGCUGAUUCCGAAUCUGAAAUAAAAUCCUGUGGGAUUUUUGAUACGAAGGAGUUACGGUCGAUUUUUAUCGACCGGAUUACAAUAUGCCUAUGUUACAGUAAUCUGAGAGAAUUAAUUUUCAAAAAAAUGAAUUCCCAAUGGUCGAAAAGGUAUACAAGCAAAAUUUUGGGUGAUUUGCUCUUUCUAUGACGUCACCAGGUCGAAAAUUCCAAAAAAGACAAAUUUAAGCAAAUUUAUGCCUUCCGGGCAGAAUUGAGAAAAACUGUUGUUCGCUUUUCCUUAGCACAUGUCGACGGUCAUUUUUAUGCAAAAAACCCAAAAUCGAUUUUUUCCUAUGUCCACCGCUGACGCAGUGAGCCAAAAAUCGUCUUUUAAGCCGAAAUAUCUCCGCGUCAUGUGCAGCGAGAUGUUUCAAUAGUUCAGGUGGAGGACAAGCAUAAUAAUGAUGCGGCUUACGAAGUAAAUGAAGUCCCUCUUCAUCGGCUUGAAAGAUGGUAAGUUCUUUUCUUCUGUUUUGCGUUGUUGAUUUAGGAAAUAUUCAACCACCACACCGUCUUCAUCAAUCCGAUUACAGAUGUGGUCUACUAAUGAGAAACACGUGAUCUUCUGGACCCCUCCUAUGCGCAAGACUGUUUGCUCCCGGCGACUAAACCCAAAUGUAAGGAGUACACCAAAUUCUGGAUAA